AUGGGACAUGUUGAGGCACCGGUAUUAUCCGAGGUUACCCGUUCCAACGACCGAAACGCCCCCAGUCUCAAGCUCCGGGUCCGAUCCAGCUUCUGUCCCUGGUCUCCAUCAACUCCAGAGCCCAAUCCUUCGAUCUCACCUCAACUCCAAAUGGCCCACCGAAGAUCCGAACUCGGGCCCAGCGCAUCGGUCGAGGCCUUUGCGCAGACGGGCUCCGAAUUGUCCCUUGACGACAGCGACGAUGAGGAUCUCCGGUCGGCCGUCGGAAGCGGGAGCGGGAGCGGGAGCGGGAGCGGGAGCGAGGUGUACGAGCUGCGCGAGAGGGAUGCAAGUAGAGACCGAAACGGCAGGGCGAUGUGGGAUGCUGAAGCUGUUGGUGAUGUUGAUGAUGACGACGAUGUAGAGCAUUCCCUUAUAGCAGGCCGUUCGCGAAGCCCUGGAUCCGUGGCGAGCUUUCAACUUUAUACACCAGAUGAAGAGCGCGCGGUCCGGCGGAAGUUCGAUCGCAAACUUGUUCUGUUCGUUGCUCUUCUUUACAUGCUGAGCUUUGUCGACCGAUCAAAUAUCGGCAAUGCUCGCAUAGCAGGCAUGGAUGAGGACCUUCAGUCUGAUCCACCUCAUGAUGGAUGGUACCAAUGGGCUCUGACGGCCUUUUACAUCACAUACAUCGCAUUUGAAUGGAUGUCGCUUUUGUGGAAAAUCAUCCCCGCGCACAUUUUUGUGUCUAUGGUGGUCCUGACCUGGGGUCUCAUGGCCUCUCUACAGGCGGUCGCUACAUCUUAUCCCAUGCUCAUUGCGUUACGCGCUGUUCUUGGAAUCGGAGAGGCUGGAUUUACAGGUAUUCCGUUUUACAUGAGCUUCUUUUUCAAGCGUGAGGAACUUGCCUUUCGAACUGCUAUUUUCAUAUCUGCGGCUCCCCUGGCCACGACAUUUGCCUCAACGCUCGCCUGGCUCAUUAUCAAGUUUGCCCAACUUGGCCCUAUCGCACCCUGGCGUCUCCUAUUCAUUAUCGAGGGGUUCCCCUCUGUAAUUGCUUCCGUAAUCGCCUGGAACGUCAUCCCGGACUCUCCUCAAACAGCAUCGUAUCUAACCAAGCGUGAGAAAAAGGUCGCGCGUCUACGUCUUCGCAGUGAGCAAUCCACAUCUACAAACGACAAACCUUCAUCCGGUCUAAAGGGACACGAUGUCCUGGCCAUAUUCCGUGACCCUGUCGCUUGGAUGACUGCCACCAUGUUCUUCCUCACCAACAUGGCCUACUCAUCACUCCCCGUCUUCCUGCCAAAGAUCCUUACUGAGAUGGGGCAUGAUACUCUUACUUCCCAAGCCCUUAGUGCUCCCCCCUAUCUGGCUGCUUUCAUCAUCGUUCUUUUCACAGCGCACAUGUCUGAUCGUCUGCAAGCGCGCACAGUUCCUAUAAUCUUCCACGCGCUCGCUUCCUCCAGUGGCUAUGCAGUUCUUGCGCUGGCCAAACCUCUAAGUCUACCUAAUUUCAUCCGUUAUAUGGCCGUCUACCCCGCCGCAAUAGGUUUCUUCAACGUCGUCACUCUUAUCAUCACAUGGAGUAUCAACAACCAGGCCAGUCAGAGCCGCCAGGGUGGUGGUUUCGCGCUCCUCCAAGUCGUUGGCCAAUGCGGGCCGCUCGUGGGAACGAGGCUGUACCCGGAUCGUGAUGCCCCUUACUACGCGCCAGGGAUGAGUACCUGUGCGGUUGCUAUGCUCCUUGUUUCCAUUUUGGCGUAUGCGCUUCGAUUCUACCUCACGUAUCAGAACCGCAAAUUUGAUCGGGCUGAAGAUGAGCGUCUGGAUGGGGGUGAUGAAGUAGAAGAGGAAGGUCUAGUUGGACGUGGAAGACGGAAAACAUCAACAGUUCCCUUUCGGUACAUGUUAUAA